UGGAUCAGUCUAAAUCGUUGGCAAAGCAAGAAAAUUAAAAAAAGGAAUUUGUUUUAUAAUUUUUGCCGUAUACUCCGUACAGCGUCGAUUGGAUACCAUACAGCCAUACUCGAUUUACUGUUGAUUAAUUUUUUUUCUUCUCUUCAUCAUCAUCAUCAUUCAUCGAAGUAGUUUAAUGUGUGACGACGAAACAGGAACAAUAAUUGUGGAUUUACUGUACGCUACUCGCCUGAACGUGUUUGAUUGUGUACAAAAAAUUAUAAAUAAAUAAAUAUAUAUAGUAUUGAAAGAAACAUAUCACAAGACAUACAAAAGUGACUCACUCAUUAAAAUUUAUAAAUAAAUAAAAAAAAAGUGUAACGUAAUAGAAUUUCUGUUUUAAUGGAAAAAUAAAUUAAUUGAAAAAAAAAAUAGAAAAAAAUAUUGAACUGGACCAAAAUUAAUAAAAAUAAAAAAAAUAAUAAAAAUGGCAACUGAAGCACAACGUCUUAUUGGAAUUUCCCUCGCGAAAAUCGCACAAUCGAGAUGCGGUCGAGGCGGCGUCUCAUUGCACAAAAAUCUCCUCGUCGCCACGGUGCUGCAAAAAGCUCGUUUCAUCUUCAUGGAAGAAGCGUAUCACAUGGUGCACGGACAUUAUCUGCAAGCAAAUAAAUUCCUCGAACCCGAUAUCGAUAUUCAAGAUGACCCCGUGCAAAACGACGACAACAUCGACGAAAGCGAAUUAGAUGACAUUUUCGAUUCGCCCGCCUCUUCCAUCGGCAAAGAUACCGAUUCGGCGGAUUUUGCCGAAGAAAUUUGCGAAAAUAACAAGGAAAACAGCCCGCCAACGACGGAAGCAACCCCGAACGUCAAUAACAGCAAUUUAGUGUAUCUCGACUUAGAUAAGCACAUCCAAAAGGCAUCUCAAGAGCAAGCAGCUGCUACAACGAACGAUACGACGAAUAGCAAUAAUACCAACAACAACAACAAGCGACGACGUGAAAUUAGCGAGUGGGAAACGGAAGAAGCUGUCUUAUCAAUUUUACCAAAAAAGAUCAAAAGUGACGUCACGACCGAACAAACGACGACAAGUAUUGACGACAUUUUUUUAAGUGAUCGCGAAGAUGACAAUACCGCAGCAAUUAAUUUAUCGGUGAAUGUUUCGCGCGAACUUGAGCUCGACGAAUUAAAUAACAACGUUAAUAAUAACAACAACAAUCUUGUCUCCAAUAAUAAUGUUAAUAAUAGCACGCAGCCAAGCACCAAUAACUUAGAAAAUGGCCCAUCCAUGGAAGGCAUCGACAGAAUUACGUCUCUCGUGUCAAUAUUUAGCUUUGGAAAUCUCACGAGAUCCGUGUCGACGCCCGAUCUUUGCUCAGCGCAGGCCACGAAAGAUAGUUGUAGCACCGAAAGUAGUAUAUCACAAAGAACAUAUCUUGCCAUGACAGUGUAAUAAUUAUUAUUUUUCGACAGUUUUUCCUCCUUGUAUACCUACAAAAUGAAAAAUUAGAACAAGUAUUUUUUGGCUAUAACAUUUAUAGACAAGCAAAACACACUCGCGAUAAAUAUUCAUAGUGAAAGUUAAUGAAAUCGUCUCGGCGACUGUUAACCAUAACUUUAUAUUUAUUACCCUAUGGGCGAAAAACGGGUCAGAUUGAUCUUUUAAGGGAUCAUGUUGACUCCUCAGAGGUCAAAUUGAUCCCUCAAAAGAAUUUUUGAUCCUUAAAGGGAUCAAUUUGUACCGUUAAGUGUUCAAUCUGAUCUUUUAAGAGAUCAACCAGAUCCCCUUCCGAGUUGAUCAACCAGAUCAAGAGAUCAUAUUGAUCCCUUAAGAGGUCAAUUUGACUUCAUAUUGACCUCUUAAGGGAUCAAAACGAUCUCUUGAAAUGUUAAUUAUUUUUUUUUUGAAAGGGGAUCAGGUUGAUCUCUUAAAAGAUCAGAUUGAACACAUAACGGUACAAAUUGAUCCUUUAAGUGAUCAAAAAUUUUCUUAAGGGAUCAAUUUGUACCGUUAAGGGUUUAAUCUGAUCUCUUCAGGGGUCAAUUUGACCCGUUUUUUGCCCAUAGGGUACACAAAAAAAAACACUGACCAAAUUGAAUCGUACCUAGCAAUGGGUUUAUCAUACUUAUAUACGUAUGUCUCUAUAUAGUAAAUUAUUUAAGUUAUAAUUCUCGCCACUCGUAUAAAAUACAAAUUUAUUGGUCAAGUAUUAUUUUAUCUUUCCGUUGAUGAUUAAGUUACAACAAAAUAUAAAAAAACUCAUGAAACGAACAAAAAAGUCAAAAAAUGUUCCAUUAAAAUUUUAUUUUCUGGUCACUUAAAAAAAAAUAAACUGCCCAACAAAAAAAUAUAAUUUAUUAUUAUUUUAAUAAAUUUUACUUUCCUUACAAAAAAAAAUUACAUAAUAAUAUAUAUAUAUUGAUUAUUUUAAUAUUAUUAUGCAAAAAAAAAUUAAAUCCAUACAAUUGAAUUACAUUACAAUAGAGAAACACGAAGAGAUUGAAUUUCCAAGUUUUUUUUUUAUUAAAUUUACCAAAGUGACAGAACUGGAUUUGCAAUUUUUACUGAAGUUAAUGAUGGCGUUAGCCUUAAAAAUCAAAAAAAUAAGAAAUAAGCAAUCAGUUCUUUCAAUGACAAUGUCAUCAUAUAUAUAUAUAUAUAUUUUAAAAAUAUAUAUUACACCACCCCAUAAAUAUUAAAGCCAUCAUUAGCGAACCAAUUUUUGAGUCCUUUUUGCAAAAUUCUGUUACUGUCACUUUUUUGUGCUUCAUUUGUUGUAUUAUCAUUCGUUAUUGUAUAUGAAAAAAAUAUUAUUUUAAUUAAUUAUAAAGUACUAUAAGUUAUAAUAUAUAUAUAAAUUAAAAUAAAAUAUAAAAAAAAAACAAAAAUA